GGGGAGCGAGCGAGGGGAGAGAGCGAGCGAGAGCCCUAGAGUCCGAGCGUCUAGAGCACCUCGGUCGCUGCUUUCCCGCCGCCUGCCAGCUCCUCCGCCCCCCUGGAGACCGCAGUGCUUCUCUCCGGUUCUGACACCGCCCCGCUCUCGCUGCCGCGUGACCGGAAGUAGCGCCAUCUUUAGCCUCUCGUGCUCUCGACAAUAACAAGCCCCGGCUCGCUCCCCCUCCCCCCAACCAGGGCAGCUCCCCUCCCUCCUAGAGGGAGAGAAGAGGGGAGGAGCUGCCGCCUCACAGACUCACUGAGUCGCUCCUGCAGCAAGGGGGGGAGAGAGAGACCGAAAAGCAGGAAAGGCGGACGGUUUGGCCGUUUACCUGUCUGCCUUCUCAUUCGCUCUCCCCCCUUGUUCUGUUCGCUCCUGGUGUCAGCCUAUCCGCCUUCCCAAACCCUCCCAUCCCCCCGGUGUAACCCCCCCUUCACUUUCCUUCUUGUCCUCUGUGUUUCUCCUCUCUUCUUUCUUCCCUUCCCCCUCUAGCAUUGCCACCUUCUCUCCGACACGCACGCAGGCACAUAAACGUAGGUUUUUGAUGCUCCUCUGCCUGUUGACCGCGCUAUUUUCAUGUUUCCAACAGGUUUUUCUUCCCCCAAUCCCUCAGCUGCUGCUGCUGCUCAGGAGGUCAGAUCUGCCACUGAUGGUAAUACCAGCACCACUCCGCCCACCUCUGCCAAGAAGAGAAAGUUAAAUAGCAGCAGCAGCAGCGGCAGUAACAGUAGUAACGAGAGAGACGACUUUGAUUCCACCUCUCCCUCCUCUUCUACUCCUCCUUUACCACCUAGGGAUUCGGCAUCCCCUUCAACCUCGUCUUUCUGCGUGGGGGUUCCCUUAGCUGCUUCCAGCCACGUACCGAUACAGAAGAAGCUGCGGUUUGAAGACACCCUGGAGUUUGUAGGAUUUGAUGCGAAGAUGGCUGAGGAAUCUUCCUCCUCCUCCUCCUCAUCUUCACCAACUGCUGCAACAUCUCAGCAGCAGCAAGUUAAAAAUAAGAGUAUAUUAAUCUCUUCUGUGGCUUCAGGGCAUCACGCUAACGGCCUGGCUAAAUCUUCUACCACCGUCUCUAGCUUUGCUAACAGCAAGCCUGGCUCUGCUAAGAAGUUAGUGAUCAAGAACUUUAAAGAUAAGCCUAAAUUACCAGAAAACUACACAGAUGAAACAUGGCAGAAACUGAAAGAAGCAGUAGAAGCUAUCCAGAAUAGUACUUCGAUUAAGUACAAUUUAGAAGAACUCUAUCAGGCUGUAGAAAAUCUCUGUUCUUACAAGAUUUCUGCAAACUUGUACAAACAGCUGAGACAGAUUUGUGAAGAUCACAUCAAAGCACAGAUUCAUCAGUUCAGAGAGGAUUCAUUGGAUAGUGUUCUUUUUCUAAAGAAAAUUGAUAGAUGCUGGCAGAACCACUGUAGACAAAUGAUCAUGAUCAGGAGCAUUUUUUUGUUUCUGGAUAGAACUUACGUUCUUCAGAAUUCAAUGCUACCCUCCAUUUGGGACAUGGGAUUGGAGUUAUUUAGGGCUCAUAUUAUAAGUGAUCAAAAAGUCCAGACUAAGACAAUUGAUGGCAUUCUUCUGUUGAUUGAGAGAGAGAGGAAUGGUGAAGCAAUUGAUAGAAGUUUACUCCGAAGCCUUUUAAGCAUGCUCUCUGACUUGCAAAUUUAUCAGGAUUCUUUUGAACAACGAUUUUUGGAAGAAACUAACCGGCUUUAUGCAGCUGAAGGCCAAAAAUUAAUGCAGGAAAGAGAGGUUCCUGAAUAUCUUCAUCAUGUUAACAAACGUCUAGAAGAAGAAGCAGACAGACUUAUUACUUACUUAGAUCAAACCACCCAGAAGUCAUUAAUCGCUACUGUAGAAAAACAACUUCUAGGUGAACACUUGACAGCAAUUCUUCAAAAAGGUUUAAAUAACCUUCUUGAUGAAAACCGAAUUCAAGAUUUAUCGCUUCUGUAUCAGCUCUUUAGUAGAGUUCGAGGGGGAGUUCAGGUUCUCUUGCAGCAGUGGAUUGAAUACAUUAAGGCAUUUGGCAGCACAAUUGUAAUUAAUCCUGAAAAAGAUAAAACCAUGGUUCAAGAAUUGCUGGAUUUUAAAGAUAAGGUUGACCAUAUUAUUGAUAUCUGUUUUCUGAAGAACGAAAAAUUUAUCAACGCCAUGAAAGAAGCGUUUGAAACAUUCAUUAACAAAACAACAAACUUUCCCCCCAUUUUAGCUAAGUAUGUAGAUUCAAAGCUUCGUGCUGGCAACAAAGAAGCUACAGAUGAAGAACUUGAAAAAAUGUUGGAUAAAAUUAUGAUCAUAUUUAGAUUUAUCUAUGGCAAGGAUGUUUUUGAGGCCUUCUAUAAGAAAGAUUUAGCCAAACGCCUGCUAGUUGGGAAGAGUGCAUCUGUUGAUGCUGAAAAAUCAAUGCUCUCCAAACUUAAACAUGAAUGUGGAGCUGCUUUCACCAGCAAACUUGAAGGGAUGUUUAAAGACAUGGAACUUUCUAAAGACAUCAUGAUUCAGUUCAAACAGUAUAUGCAGAACCAGAAUGUACCUGGGAAUAUUGAAUUAACUGUGAAUAUCCUGACAAUGGGUUAUUGGCCAACAUAUGUGCCUAUGGAAGUCCAUUUACCACCAGAGAUGGUAAAACUUCAGGAGAUUUUCAAGACAUUUUACCUAGGCAAACAUAGUGGCAGGAAACUUCAAUGGCAGUCAACCCUAGGACACUGUGUGUUAAAGGCAGAAUUUAAAGAGGGUAAAAAAGAACUCCAAGUCUCUCUUUUUCAAACACUGGUGCUGCUGAUGUUUAAUGAGGGAGAGGAGUUCAGUUUAGAAGAGAUCAAGCAGGCUACUGGAAUAGAGGAUGGCGAGUUAAGGAGAACACUGCAGUCUUUGGCCUGUGGCAAAGCUAGAGUCCUGGCAAAAAAUCCGAAGGGCAAAGAUAUCGAAGAUGGUGACAAGUUCAUUUGUAAUGAUGAUUUCAAACACAAACUUUUCAGGAUAAAGAUCAACCAAAUCCAAAUGAAAGAAACGGUUGAGGAACAAGCAAGCACUACAGAAAGAGUAUUUCAAGACAGACAGUAUCAAAUUGAUGCUGCAAUUGUUCGAAUUAUGAAGAUGAGGAAGACGCUUAGCCACAACCUCCUGGUUUCAGAAGUGUACAACCAGUUGAAAUUUCCAGUAAAGCCUGCUGAUCUAAAGAAGAGAAUAGAAUCCUUAAUUGACCGGGACUACAUGGAAAGAGAUAAAGAAAACCCAAAUCAGUACAACUACAUUGCAUAAAAGUUUGGCCUUGGAGCAUUUUGUGUUUCAUGCUGUAGCCAGUCGAUAAACAUGUUGAUCCUAUAUUGUUUGAAUUCUUUUAUACUACCGAUGACCAAAUGAAGCAGUGUAAUGAAAAUAGUUGAGUGGACAUUUUCAGUGGUUAACAUGCCCAUUAAAAGAGUAAUACUUACCUUUAAGAAGAAUGUUGUUAAACUCUUUGCAUGUUAUUUAGUAUGAUGUGCAGAAAACUCUUAAGAAAGUACUUGGUCUUUAUGAUUCCUCUUUGAAAAUAGGGAAGAGGUCCCUAUGGCUAUUAAAAACGGGGGGUUCUUAUACACCGUUAAUUAUGAAGCAAAGGUUUAUUUGCUUAAUAUGUCAUUUAAAGAUACUUAAACUGCAUGCAAACUUUAUUUACUGUACAGAGUUCUGGAUGUAUUUAUCAAAUAGAAAAACCACCCUGGA